AUGGAGGCUCCCCUCCCGGGCAGCCUGUCCCCCUGCGACGGUCCUCGAGUCCUCGAGAGGCUGCCGGGCCCGGCCCCCGGGGAGGACAUCGAUGGCGGGGCCGAGGCUGCUGAGGGAGAAGGGGACAUCUUCCGGUCCACGCAUUAUCUACCUGUCGCCAAGGAGGGUUCCCAGGACGCUCUAGAUGGCAGAGGUGGUGUGUCUGUGGCCAACUUCGACCCCGGCACUUUCAGCCUCAUGCGCUGUGAUUUCUGCGGGGCUGGCUUCGACACGCGGGCGGGCCUCUCCAGCCACGCCCGCGCCCACUUGCGGGACUUCGGCAUCACCAACUGGGAGCUUACCGUGUCACCCAUCAACAUCCUGCAGGAGCUGCUGGCCACCUCGGCUGCUGAGCUGCCCCCCAGCCCCUUGGGCCGGGAGCCCCCGGGGCCACCGGGCGGCUUCCUGACGGCCCGCCGGCCUCGCUUACCUCUUACCUUGCCCUUCCCGCCCAUCUGGGCCGAGGACCCAGGGCCGGCCUAUGGAGAUGGCCUGGGUCCUGAGGAAAGCACAAUGGUGGCUGUGGACUUGGGGUCCUCCCCCCUCCCCAAGAAGAGCCCAACUGUCCCUGGGGCCCUGGAGCAGGUGGCCAAUCGGCUGAGCAGCAAGGUGGCCGCAGAGGUUCCUCAGGGCAGCAAACAGGAGCUGCCGGACCUCAAGGCCCAGAGCCUGACCACCUGCGAGGUCUGCGGCGCCUGCUUCGAGACCCGCAAGGGUCUGUCCAGCCACGCGCGGUCCCACCUGCGGCAGCUGGGGGUGGCGGAGUCAGAGAGCAGCGGCGCCCCCAUUGACCUCCUCUAUGAGCUGGUGAAGCAGAAGGGCCUGCCGGAUGCCGCCCUCGGACUGCCCCACGGCCUGGCCAAGAAAAACAACUCCCCAAAGGAUCUGCUCACGGGAGCCUCGCGGCCCGGCCUGCUCUCCCUGGCCAAGCCCCUGGACGCUCCAGCCAUCAACAAAGCCAUCAAGUCGCCUCCGGGGUUCUCAGCUAAGGGCCUGGCCCACCCUCCCACCUCGCCACUCCUCAAGAAGGCCCCCCUGGCCCUGCCGGGCUCCACGGCCCCCAAGAAUCCCGAGGACAGGAGUCCCCAGCUGUCCCUGAGCCCCCGGCCACUCUCCCCCAAGGCCCAGUGGCCCCAGUCUGAGGAUGAGGGGCCCCUGAACCUCACUUUAGAUAGUGACGGGGGCAGAGAGCUGGACUGCCAGCUGUGUGGUGCCUGGUUUGAGACCCGAAAGGGCCUGUCCAGCCACGCACGCGCCCACCUGCGCCACCUGGGCGUCAGCGACCCGGAUGCCAAGGGAUCCCCCAUAGACGUGCUCUACGGGCUCAUCAGGAGGGACGGCGUCCAGAUCCGCCUCCCACCCGGGCGCGGAGUCCUGGCCCCGCUGGGGCGGCCUCCUGCCACCUCCGAGGCCCUCUCCUUGCUUCCCCCCCCACCGCCGGCCAAGAAGGCCAAGCUGAAGGCCGCGGGUAUGGCCAGCCCCUGGGGGAAGCAGGACCUCUCGGCCGCCGGCAUUUUCUGGGCCUCUGAUGUGGAGCCAUCUCCUCUCAACCUCUCGUCCGGGCCGGAGCCUGCGCGGGACAUUCGCUGCGAGUUCUGCGGCGAGUUCUUCGAGAACCGCAAGGGCCUGUCCAGCCACGCGCGCUCGCACCUGCGGCAGAUGGGCAUCACCGAGUGGUAUGUCAAUGGCUCACCCAUCGACACGCUGCGGGAGAUCCUGAAGAGACGGACCCAGUGCCGGCCGGGCGGCCAUCCCCACCCGCCAGGGCCGAGCCCCAAAGCCCUGGCCAAGAUGGUGGGCAGCGGGGGCCCUGGCAGCUCGCUGGACGCCCGCAGCCCCUCGGACCUUCACAUCUCGCCCCUGGCCAAGAAGCUGCCGCCGCCACCGGGAAGCCCCUUGGGCCACUCACCAACUGCCUCCCCUCCCACGGCCCGGAAGAUGUUUCCAGGCCUGGCAGCACCCUCCCUGCACAAGAAGCUGAAGCCGGAACAGAUGCGGGUGGAGAUCAAGCGGGAGAUGAUGCCAGGGACCCUUCAUGGGGACCCACACCCCUCCGAGGGCCCCUGGGGGGUGCCACGGGAAGACAUGGCACCCUUGAACCUGUCGUCGCGCGCCGAGCCUGUGCGGGACAUUCGCUGCGAGUUCUGCGGCGAGUUCUUUGAGAACCGCAAGGGCCUGUCCAGCCACGCGCGAUCGCACCUGCGGCAGAUGGGCGUCACCGAGUGGUCGGUCAACGGCUCGCCCAUCGACACGCUGCGGGAGAUCCUGAAGAAGAAGUCCAAGCUGUGCCUCAUCAAGAAGGAGCCCCCCGCGGGAGACCUGGCCCCCACCCUGGCCGAGGACGGGCCCCUGGCCGCGCCGGGGCCCCUGCACUCCCCACUGCCCCUGUCGCCCCUGGCUGGCCGGCCCGGCAAACCGGGCGCGGGCCCCGCGCAGAUCCCGCGGGAGCUCAGCCUGACGCCCAUCACCGGCGCCAAGCCCUCGGCCGCCGGCUUCCUGGGCGCCGUGGCCGCCAAGCGCCCCCUGCAGGAGGACCGCCUCCUCCCGGCCGAGGUCAAGGCCAAGACCUACAUCCAGACCGAGCUGCCCUUCAAGGCCAAGACCCUCCACGAGAAGGCCUCCCACUCGUCCACCGAGGCCUGCUGCGAGCUGUGUGGCCUCUACUUUGAGAACCGCAAAGCGCUGGCCAGCCAUGCGCGGGCGCACCUGCGGCAGUUCGGCGUGACCGAGUGGUGCGUCAACGGCUCGCCCAUCGAGACGCUGAGCGAGUGGAUCAAGCACCGGCCCCAGAAGGUGGGCGCCUACCGCAGCUACAUCCAGGGCGGCCGCCCCUUCACCAAGAAGUUCCGCAGCGCCGGCCACGGCCGGGAUGGCGAGAAGCGGCCGCCCCUGGGGCUGGCCCCGGGGGGCCUGGCCUUCGUGGGCCGCAGCGCCGGCGCUGAGCCGGGCCUGGACGCCGGCCGGGCCGCCGACAGCGGGGAGCGGCCCCUGGCGGCCAGCCCGCCGGGCACGGUGAAGUCGGAGGACCACCAGCGGCAGAACAUCAACAAAUUUGAGCGUCGACAAGCCCGCCCCCCAGAUGCCUCCGCGGCCCGAGGGGGUGAGGACGCCGGAGACCUGCAGCAGAAGCUGGAAGAGGUGCGGCAGCCCCCACCCCGCGUCCGGCCUGUCCCCUCCCUGGUGCCUCGGCCCCCCCAGACAUCACUCGUCAAGUUUGUGGGCAACAUCUACACCCUCAAGUGCAGGUUCUGUGAGGUGGAGUUCCAGGGACCCCUCUCCAUCCAGGAAGAGUGGGUACGGCACUUACAGCGGCACAUCCUGGAGAUGAAUUUCUCCAAAGUGGACCCCCCGCCUGAGGAGCCCCAGGCCCCGCAGGCACAGACAGCAGCAGCAGAGGCACCCUAACACAGAAGCAUUCCAGAUUCCCUCUGUCUACUUCUGCCUGUCCUCCUCCGUGUCUCCUUCCUUCUCUUCCCCCUUUCUUUUCCGUUUCCAAAGGAGCAAGCCAAAACCUCAAACCGGUGCCCCUCAGGGGCUGGGCACACUACAGCUGGGGUGCCGGGAGCCACUAGCCACCCUCCCCACACCCCUGGACUCUGGGCCGCAGGGUGUCUUCCUUCAGUCUUCGGCCGCCUGGCUGGGCCCGGGAGGGUAGCCAGGUCCUGGGGGGCAGUGUCUCGGUUCCCAGGAAAGGCCAGGGCUCCCAUGUCUAGCAGCCAGCUAGGGUUAGAGCUGCACCCGUGGCCAUUUGCAAAGACCCCAAAGACCCCUGUUGUGUUUCCCUCCGGCAAUCAUGACGAUUCUGUGACACUUCCCCCCCCCCCAUGCAAUCAUGCGCACAGGCACCUCGGGAGACCCGGGAUCUGCCCCAGCCCCCCAGGUCCUGAGUCGAGCCUCCACACCCCGCCACGGUGCUUGCUCAGGGGAAGCUCUCCCUCUGCGGGCCCCCACUGAGCCCACGAUGCCACGGAAAUCCUCGUUGGCCACCCCCCAAAGGGUCCUUCCUGCUGGGAAGAGCUCUGAGCUGACAGCUGCCUCCUGCCAUGUCCAGGGCCCCGAGCCUUAGGGGCUCCGGGCCGGGAGGGCGGGGUGAGGGGCGGGACAGUCCCUCCUCCUGCCCCUGCCUCCCCCCAUCCCCUUCACUGUUGCUUUCUAUGUAUAGCUCUCUAGACCUCUCACUUUUUUAAAGACGCGUUUUGUGUAGAGAAUAAGGAACGUGGAUCUUUUUAUUUUGCAGUCCUGGGCCAGCUAGAUACCGGGAGCUGAUUGACCUUUUAACUUUUCUCAGUGGCCACCUUUUGGUUAUUGAUGUACCUAGAAGUAUGUAAAUUAGAUUAAAUUUCUCUUCUGGAAACA